UUCAAAACAGUUACUGCAUAAAAUUAAGCCUCCUAUAAACUCAAUUUUGGAAGAUGUGGUGAAUGGUAUCAAAAAUACGUUAUCACACACAACCAAGUAUGUGGAGGAUUCUCUUAAAAACAUGCUACAACCCCUAAAGAACCCUUUCCCACGGAUACGUCUGCCUACUCCACGGAUACGUAUUCCUACACCACGGAUACGUAUCCCUACUCCAAGGAUACGUCUUCCUACUCCACGAAUACGACUCCCUAGGAUAUCUUACCGUGCUCCACGUAUAUCCUUUCGUGCUCCAAGGUUUAGUCGUGGCUGGGGCAAAAAACGAGGUGUACAGAAAGCGGUACGUGAUAUGAAUUGUUCAUGUACUAUGUGUGACACUUUCAAGAACGUUUCUUUAACAGAAAGGACAAAAAGAGUAUGUGGAUCAAAUUUCUACUCAGAGAAAAAUAAACUCCUAAUGGAACAUAACGAUUUAGGCAAGAUCAAAAAUUUUACAGAUAAUCAAUUUGUUAAAAAGAUUUUCAUGGAAUUAGCGUCGCUUGAAAAUAUCAACAACACGUUAUACCUGACCAACUCAAUUAUAACGUUUUCAACACCAAACGGAAGUGAAUUCAACUUGAAGAUGACUAGAGGAAUGCCGAUUGGAUUUGAGUCAUUAAAUACUACAGAAAUUGUGAGUCUGGAAGGACCAAAAGUUUUCGCGUUACUGAGAAAGAAUUCUUAAA